UAACCCUGAUUCCUUUGAUGUCUCCGACACUGGAUUCAUGUUUUUCUUUUACAAAAACACUAAAGAUAUUUUUCGGGACAUUCUUUAAACCGCACGGCCUCCAGCACUGACAGGUUCAUAACUCGUAACCGGUUCCUCUCAGAAACGUCACACAUCUCUGUCCUCUCAAUAAAUCAAGGUUUAAAAUGUGGGCGGGGCUUAAACAGGUCUUACAGCUGGAUGUUUUGGAUUUAUGCUGGACGGUUUGCUGGUCAGACGAGAGGGAGAACUUGGCAGGAGGUCGCUGGGCUGCUGAGCAGGUUUGGAGGUUAUGUUCCAGAAGAGGAGUUUACUCAAGACUGUGACCUCUGCCCUCCUCAUCACCACUCUCAGCCAUGCUGUGCUCCUGCCCCCAUCACUGAACGUCUCGAUACAGUCGGAGAACAUGCGGCACAUCCUGAAGUGGAGCUCUCUGAAGGAAGCCUGCCGCUCCGUCAACUACACUGUCAAGUAUCAGGGGGAGUUUGAAUACAUGCAGAGCAGGUGGCAGGAAGAAGACUCAUGCACAGAGAUCUCAGACACCGAGUGCGACCUGACCCUCGCCCUGAGCUCGGACUCCGAUUACAACAUCACGGUGCUAGCAUGGUGUAACGACUCAGCGUUGGGGAUUCCUCUACCGAAGACCUUCAACCGCAGAGACACUAUUCUGCUUGCACCGAACAUGAGCGUGACUCCAGGAGUAGGCCAAAUCGAAGUUUUCUUCAGAGAGCUCCAAAAUCAUAUUUACGUAAAACUUCAAAUUUGGAAGAAAGGGGACGAGCAAAACGUCACUAGUUUGUUGAUCACAGAUGAAAAAUUCCUUUUCGACGUCUCAGGUGGUGGAAAUUACUGCCUGAAAGCGGUGGCUACGCUGGUCAUCACCAACAAGAGCAACAGUACGGAUACACUCUGCGUCUCUGUCCCGGAGCCGGAACCCGUGUGGCUCAUCCCGCUCGCUGUGGGCAUGGCGGUGGUAUUAACCUUCGCCAUGGCUUUAAUUCUGGGGUUGUUAACAUUGCGUUGUAGCCGCUGGCUCCAGAAGAUCAAGUAUCAUAAAGAGGAAAUGCCUAACGCGCUGCUCGGCUGGCCAAGCGGCCCGGUAUCUUCCUUUGCCAUCCUGCAAGAGCCGACACACUCCCUGCUACUGAUUUACCCAUCAGAAGAGAGAUGAAGAGGUGACAUGAUUCCACCAUGAAUCUGCUCAUUUAUGAAAUAUUAAGCCAUGAUUUCACCAGCAAUCAUGAUGAUGCUACUGUGAAGGAACUGUUUGCUGAUUCAGUUCAGAAAAACAACAUACUGUGAGACAUUGCGUAUUUAUUGCUGUGCAUCAUCAGGAACUGAGUGUGGUUUGCACGCAAGUGGUUUUGAGCGCUCCCUAGUGGUGCUAUGGAAAAACGCUCGUCUGGGCCGCGAAUCCUGAUGAAGUCGAUCGUAACCAGGAGCCGAGGGGCUAAAAGUUGCCUGGAGUAUGUUCUGUGUAUGGGAGGAUCCAAUCACGCUCACGUCCUCUGAUCACGCUGUCGUGAGAGGGCUGGGAAGUGGCUGAUGAGAAGGAUUGUGGAGGAGAGACAUGGAAAGAGAAAAAAAUUGUGAAUGAGACGAAGAGUUAUUAAUGUGUGAAACAUUCUGCAUAUUUAGAGUUUAUCAGGUGCUUAACUUGAUUUUCUAGAGGAAGUUAAUAUUUUAUAGUACUGAUAUAAUACAUUUUUAAGUCUGUGCUGACAAUUUCCGUAUUAACCUCUCACUACAUGUGUGUGUGUGUACCUCAGUGGAAAUUGUUGUACAUAAAAACAGAACAUUUAAAGUAAAAUUAAGUAAAAAAUAAGAAGUUUUCCUAUGUCUUAUAUCUAAAUCUUUAAUAACUUUAUUGUCCCAUAUCACUAAGUCUUUUCCAAAGGAUUUUUUUUAGGGUUUGUGUUUGUGGAGUUUUUUUUUUUUUUUGGUACUAUACUGUAAGUCCCCUACAUAUGAACGAGAUCCAGUCUGAGAGCUUGUUUGUAAGUCUGAUUUGUUCAUAUAGUAAGUCCAACAAACAUUUUGUAGGUACUAGGAUACUAACACAAUUACCUAUACACAGUAUAUUAUAGUACAGUACUGUACUGUAAUAGGUUUAUAUUUUUGCACAAAUAAUACAUAAAAAAAAUGAACACACUUCUUAGCUGUACCAGCUUCAUCGCCGCUAUGUAAUUUUACACUUGUUUCCGGAUAUCCUGUGCACUACGGUACUGUACACCAGGGCCGGACUGGAAAAUUUAAAAAAAAAAAAAAAAAAAUUAAUAAAUUAACAACUAAAAGACUUUAAAAUCACAUGAGGAAAUAUUUUAUUCACAAUAGAACAUAGCAAACAUAAAUGUUUAAACAGAGAAAUUUUACACUUUUAUCCAUUUCAAAUUUCAUGCCUGCUACAGGUCUCAAAAAAGUUAGUACGGUAAA